UGGGGAAGAAGGAAGCUCAGGCCUCGACCCCGCCUACCUUGUCCACGCCCCGCUCCGUGCCGAGCGCGCCUGCGCAGUCCCCUACAGACCCGGAAGCGAAUUGCGCAGUGGGGCGGUCACACGGGGGAUUGAUUUCUCAAGACUGAUCUUGCCUGAGAAAGAAUCCCGGAGAAAGUGGAAAGAAAGAGGCAUCCAGAAUGGCUCUUUCCCAGGCACCAUUGACAUUCAGGGACGUGGCCAUAGAAUUCUCUCAGGAGGAGUGGGAAUGCCUGGACCCUGCUCAGAGAGCUUUGUACAGGGACGUGAUGUUGGAGAACUACAGGAACCUGGUCUCCCUGGAUAUCUCUGCUAGAUUUGUGAUCAAGGAAUUACCACCAAAAGAUGAUAAAGGAGAAUUUUAUCAACCUGUGAUAAUGGAAAAACAAGAAAACUAUGGUAUUGAAGAUUUUUACUUCAGUGAUGUCUGGGAAAACAAGCAUGAAGUCGAGAGUCAGUUGGCACAUGAUGAACAAAAUUACAAAGUAGUAACUAUGACCCAUAACAAAAAUUUCACUGGUAUGAGAGGGCAACAACUUAACAAAUCCUGGACUAAUUUACCACUAAAACUGUGUGUUUCUGAAAGAAAACAUGCAUAUCAAUAUUGUAAACAUAACUCAUUUAUAAGGAAUUUGUUAAGACUAAAAUACAGCUUAGGCUAUGUAGGAAGAAAAUAUGGGAAACAUUUUAAAACCAAUAUUGGAUUAAGCUUUCAGUCACAUCUGGCAGAAAUGCAAAGAUUUCAAACUGAGGAUAAAAUGUAUGGCUGUAAUCAAGUUCAAAGCUCUAUCAACAAUGGCUCCUCAGUUUCACUUUUUGAAAGAACUCCUCUUAGUGACAAAACCAGCAUUUGUAGUAAAUAUGACAAGGUUAUUAAGCAUCCUUCAUUGCUUACACAACACCAGAAAAUACACACUAGAGAAAGUCCUUACAAAGGUAAUGAAUGCGGAAAGGCUUUUAGGCAAUGCUCAAUCCUAAACAAUCAUCGGAGAAUUCAUUCUGAGCAGAGACCUUACAAAUGCAAUGAGUGUGGCAAAGCCUUCACCGAUCAUUCAAAUCUUACUCAACACAAGAGAGUUCACACUGGAGAGAAACCUUACAAAUGUAAUAAAUGUGGUAAGGAAUUUACCAGACGUUCAUACCUGCGGGGUCAUGAAAGAAUUCAUACAGGAGAGAAACCUUACAAAUGUAAUGACUGUGGCAAAGCCUUUAACCGACUCUCAAACCUCAGGCGGCAUCAGAGAAUCCAUACUGGAAAGAAUCCAUAUAAAUGUAAUGUAUGUGGCAAGGAUUUUACCAUGCAUUCACACCUUUGGGGUCAUGAGAGAAUUCAUGCUGGAGAAAAGACUUUCAAAUAUAAUGACUGUAGAAAAGCCUUUACUGAGCAUUCAAACCCUACUCAACAUAAGCAAAUACAUACUGGCAAGAAACCUUACAAAUGUAAUGAAUGUGUUAGGGAUUUUCCCACACAUUCAUACCUUUGGGGUCGUGAGAGAAUUCAUACUGGAGAGAAACCUUUCAAAUGUAAUGACUGUGGAAAAGCCUUUACUGAGCAUUCAAAUCUUACUCAACACAAGAGAAUUCACACUGGAGAGAAACCUUACAAAUGUAAUGAAUGUGGUAAGGAAUUUACCAGACGUUCAUACCUGUGGGGUCAUGAGAGAAUUCAUACAGGAGAGAAACCUUACAAAUGUAAUGACUGUGGCAAAGCCUUUAACCGACUUUCAAACCUCAGGCGGCAUCAGAGAAUCCAUACUGGAGAGAAGCCAUAUAGAUGUAAUAUAUGUGGCAAGGAUUUUACUAUACGUUCACACCUUUGGGGUCAUGAGAGAAUUCAUACUGGAGAGAAGCCUUUCAAAUGUAAUGACUGUGGAAAAGCCUUUACUGAGCGUUCAACCCUUACUCAACAUAGAAGAAUCCAUACUGGCGAGAAACCUUACAAAUGUAAUGAGUGUGGUAAGGAUUUUCCCACACGCUCACACCUUUGGGGUCAUAAGAGAAUUCAUACUGGAGAGAAGCCUUACAAAUGUGACGUAUGUGGUAAAGCCUUUACUGAGAGUUCAAAUCUUACUCAACAUAAGAGAAUCCAUUCUGGAGAGAAACCAUAUAAAUGUAAUAUAUGUGACAAGGCCUUUAGUCAAAAUUCAAGCCUUACCGUUCAUCGGAGAAUUCAUACUGGGGAGAAACCUUACAAAUGUAAAGAAUGUGGCAAAGCAUUUAAGCAGUACUCAAGCCUCACUAGACAUCAGAAUAUACAUCCUGAAGAGAAACCACACAAAUGUAAUGUAUGUGGUAGGGCUUUUAUCAAACGUUCACACCUUUGGGAUCAUGAGAGAACGCAUAAUGGAGAGAAACUCUACAAAUGUGUUCUAUGUAGUAAGGCCUUUAGGCAAUGGUCUGACCUCAAGAUUCACCAAAAACUUCAUACUGGAGAGAACCUCACAAAUGCAAUGAGUGUGGUAAAUCGUUUAACCAGUUUUCACAAUGGACCAAACAUCAGAUAAUUCAUUCUAGAGGGAACUAAAUCUCUGGUCCUUUUCAAAGAUUAAUCAACCUCAGAUAUUAAAUUCUGCAGAGUAAUUACAAGUCGAAAUCAUUUAAUAGUCAUGAGGUAUCGAGUGUCAAAGGAACAAGGAUGUCUGUAGAAAGGUUCAGUUAUAUUCAGUCUAUAAAAUAUUAAUUGAGGUUUCUCUAAAAAGCUACAUUAUUAUUGAUGCCAGUCAGCAGGAGGUGUGAAAUGUAUUAAUUUUAUGCCUUCAUCAUAGAUAUUUUAUGUGCCGUCAUGAUGUUUUCCUGAAAGGGAGAGGGCCUACUUUAUUAGGUAGUGUUCAUUCACAUCCAUGUUCCUUGGUAAAAAUAAGGACUUUGAAUUUUAAAAUACAAUAUUGUAUAAAUGAGAAUGACACUCUGGAGAGGGGAAGAGAGCAGAUAUAAAACUGUAAUCUUAAUCAUCAUAUUUAAUAUGUUCAGGGUCCCAUUCUACAAGUUUGUUGGUAUGUGGAGGGCCACUGUGGAUUAUCAGGAAGGACUGCUCUGCCAGCUGGCCAUGAAACAGAAAGAACAGGCCAGAACGUUGAGAGGCUGAGCUUUUUAUUGCAGCACCAUUAUAAAAUACCAGGGAUUGCUUAUCUGGUAGAGUAAUAGAAGGGAAAUGAUGGUCACUCUCUCGUUUGAAAGGAAAUAGCUGUUGUGUAUCAAAGAUUAAUGAAAAAAUUAUAUUGGUAACUGAAGAGAGUAGUUAUCAGGGAGCAGAAAUGAAUCAAAAGAAUCAGAAUACAGUACAUAUGUGGAAUUCACAUAACCACUGAUACGCAUUUUGCUACCAUUUAGAAUGUAUUAGCACUCAUUUUAAUUAAUAAAAUUUAAUCGUUUUUCAUUAGCCUGAAUUGUUUUUCUUCUAUCAGGUCUAUCCCACAUCACUAAGGUACUUCAUAAGCAGUACAAUUUAGGCUCUCCAUGGUAGAAUCAAACACUAUACAAUUUUGGGAAUAUACAUAAUUUGCACCUGAGUUAUUGUCUCCACACUCUGUCCCUUGGAUAUUUAUGUGGCUGUAAUAAAAUUUUGCAAUUUUAGAUUCUGCCCUCCUAACAUCUAUAUCACUGUUCGUGAAUAUGACCAUAAAGUUAUAUUUCUACAAGGCCCUUUUUUUCUUGUGGAAAUAUACACAUCAAAAUGUAGUCAAUGUGCCAGCACAACUUCCACAUUUACAACUUAAUGACAUUGAUUACAUUUUCAUGUUGUGCCACUAUUAUCCUUUUCCAAAAUAUUCCACCAUCAUUAACAUAAACUCAGUGCCCCCAAACAGUCACCCUUUCCUUCCCUCUCCCUUCCGUGGUAACAAUAAUCUUUGGUUUCUAUAUUUUGCCUAUUUUCAUGUAAGUGAGAUCACUACAGUAUUUGUCCUUUUUGCAGCAUUUCACUCAGCAUAAUGUUUUCAAAGUUCAUGUUGUGGCAAUAUAUGAGAACUUAUUUUCUCUUCAUGGCUCUGUAAUACUCCAUUGUGUGUAUAUACCACAUUUUGCUUAUAUACGUAUUUGUUGAAGGACAUUUUGGUUGUUUCCACCAUUGGGCAAUUGUAAAAAGUGCUGCAAUGUACACUGGUAUACAGGUUUAUGUCCCUGCUUUCGUAUCUUCUGGGUAUAUACCUAGGAAUGGAAUUGUUGGAUUGUAUGGUAGUUCCAUGUUCGACUUUUUGAGGAACUGCCAAAAUGUUUUCCACUGUGGCUACCAUUUUACAUUCCCACCAGCAAUACUUAAGGGUGCCAGUUUCUCCACAACCUCACCAAUUUUGUUGAGGGUUUUAUCCAUAUAACAAGGAUUGAGAAACUACAGACCCAUGGGUCAGAUUUGGUCUGUGGCCUGUUUUUGUCAAGCAUGUGAGAUGAAGUGGUUUUAACUUUUUUUUCAUUAUGAUAAAAAUAAAAAACGUUUGCCAAUUCAACAGGUUUUAACAUUUUUAAAGGAUUACGAGAAAACAUUACGAAGUAGAAACUAUAUGUGGCCUCCAAAGCCUAAUGAUUAUCUGUCACUUUACAAAGUGUGCCAAACCUUGCUACCGGACAUUAUUUUAGAUAACAAUUUGCAACUCAGUACAAUGAAGAAAAUGUGGGCUUCACUUCAAAUAUGAAUCAGCCAUAUAUCUAUUACUGAUAAAAAUAUGUGUCUUUCCAUGCGUAUAAAAUACUCUAGGUAUAUACCCAAGAGACUUGAAAGCAGUGACACAAAAAGAUACAUGUACACCAGUGUUCAUUGCAGUGCUGUUCCCAAUAGCCAAAAGAUGGACACAACUGAAAUGUCCAUCAACCAAAAUGUCCAUCAACUAAUGAAUAAAGAAAAUGUGGUACAUACAUAAAGUGAAAUACUACUCAGUCAUAAAGAGAAAUGAAGUCUUGAUACAUAGUACAACAUGGAUGAACCUUAAAAGCAUGUUGAGUGAGAUAAGUCAGUCACAAAAGGACAUACGCUACUUGUAUGAAAAACAAGAAUACGCAAAUGUAUAGAGACUGUCAUGGAUUGAGCUGUGUACCCCCAAAAUACCUGUCAACUUGGCUAGAUAAUGAUUCCCUUGUAUGAUUGUAUGACUAUCUACCAUUUUAUCUUCUAAUGUGAUUUCCAUGUGUGUUGUAUACCCUGUUACUAUGAUGCAAUAAGAUGGAUUAGUGGCAGUUAUAUUGAUGAGGUCUACAAGAUUAGAUAGUGUCUUAAGCCAAUCUCUUUUAAGAGAUAAGUGAGCAGAGAGACAGGACCUCAUACCAUCAAGAAAGCAGCGCUGGGAGCAGAGCGCGUCCUUUGGACCUAAGGUUCCUGUACUGAGAUGCUCCCAGACCAGUGGAAGACUGAUGCGUCACAGUGACUUUCCUCCAGAGCCAACAGAGAGAAAGCUUUACCCUGGAGCUGACACCCUGAAUUUGGACUUGUAGCCUACUCAAUUGUGAGAGAAUAAACUUCUCCUUGUUAAAGCCAUCCACUUGCGGUAUUUCUGUUAUAGCAGCACUAGAUGACUAAGAGACCAAACUAUCUUGGUGGUUACCAGGCAUGGGAGGGACGGGGAAAGGGAGAGUCAUUGCUUAGGAAGCAGUGAAUUUGUUAUGGUGAUGGGAGGUUUGACAACGAUUUAUGGGUGAUGGUUGCAUGAUUAAUGUAAUUGAUAUCACUAAAUUGUAUAACUCAAAAAUGUUGAAUUGCUAAAUGCGUUGUGUACAUUUUUACCACAAAAAUAUAUAAAAUACUCCCCUCUGUUUAAAGAUAAUAAAUACUAAAUGAAACUCUUAAUGUGAAACUUCGAAAAGAUUCAGAUAUGAGAAAAUAUUUUAAAAUGGAAUCUGAAAGGCUAGGAAUCUUGUAGUUUGAAUAAAAUAGCAGAGAGAUGAGUAUGAACCUGGAAAUGAUAUUAGAACACUUCAAAACUACAGAAAGUACCAAGAUAUAUUUGAACUUGACAAACACUGAAACCCAUAGUGUCUUCCUGCCAUCUAGAAUGCUCAACUUGAAAAUAAUUUUCCGUUAAAUGUUACUUCUCUAACUUUCAAAGGGAAAAUGUUAGUUACUGUAGAGUUCGCUCCAACUCAUGGCAGCGACCUUAGCUAUAACAGAACAAAAUGUUGCCCCCUGCUGCAUCUCACUGUAAUCAAGAUUUUAGGAAUAUUUUCAGUAGAGACGGUUGCUGUCUCCAUUAAACUCAUCAUACAUUGAGAUUUAACAAAGAAGAAAUAGUUCAAUUGCUCCUCAAAUACAGUGUUUCUGCACAGAAUUAGAAAAUCUGAUUAACUCUGCUAGACUCAUCAAUGUAUGGAGGUUUAUAGAAACAGCAAAUUCUGAAAAUUUUUUGGUGAUUUUAUAGAGAAGAUUUUAUAGCAAAUUGAUUUCUACAUUAUAAUCUUAAGCACAUUAAACAUUGAAGUUUCAUUACUGCUUGAACUAAACAUCAACCAAUGUAAGGAUUACAUUGAUUUACUUUGGAAGCAGCCAGGGAUUUGUGUAGGGUCUAGGACAUCAGUCUUUCUUCACAAGCUCAUUCCUCUUGUAUGGCUUUGGCUUGGCACUUGUUUCUACCUGCAAUGCAAUGGGUUUCUUUUUUAUAUGGCCUUUCUGGCCCUGGGUUUGUAAUUCCGACAAAAAUGACUGGUUGGGCUGCAGUCUGCCCUGUGGUUGGUCUAUUUUACACACUUUAGAGGGAUUGGUUGAUUUUCUAUUCAAAUAAUGGCCUGAAAAUCCACCCAAUAGGAUUGAGUGACUUGUGGUCCAUAUUGGGGACUGGUCAGUUCAUGGUUCUGCUGGGAGGGCCACACUUUGAAAUUGACAAACAGUUUGCUUAUAUAAGUGGCUAACCUCUCAGGUUUGUUAUAGGGAGAGAGGAGGAGGGGACCUACUAAAGGUCAAGGGCUGUAACACUGCAGAUGAUGAGGAUCCCAGAAGGGACCUGUCUACAGAGCCCACAAAGGGGCCUGGCAGCAGAGAGCCAGUGGUGAGAGGCCUAGAAUGAGGACUGGUGACAGCCGGUGGCAGAGCCAGAGGUGAUGGCAGAAAGCUGCUGCUAGGAAAGCAACUAAGACAGCUGAGCAGGCUGCUACACCGGCCAUGAGUUGGGACAGUUACCAGUGGAGAGGCUGAAGGCUGAGAGGUGUGCAUGGCCGAGAGGAUGUGUGCAUGGCCAAGAGGGGCUUGCUGGUUUACAUGGCCAAGACAGCCUGCUUGCUAGCAUGGUAGACAGGGGCCUGAUAGCAUGGCAGCAAGCAGGUAAAGAGCUGUCCUGGUUGGAAGCUGUCCUGCGCUGAUGAAAAUUAGGGAUGUUCUCUCCACUCCAGGAGAGCCUUCCAGACCUUGCCUAUGCGCUUCCUGAUUCUGAGGUAUACCUGUUACUUCCCUAAUAAACCACAUAACUGUGAGUAUGGUUUGUGAGUUCUGUGUGGGCCAUUGCAACAAAU